AAGAAUACAGCCAGUCUGUACUCACGCCCGCGCGGAUGAACGGGACGUUCAGCGUCAUGGCGGAAGAAGAUGGAAAGUUGGUUGUAAAAAGACUGAAAAAGGGCGAGGAAAGCAAGAGUAUGAAACAAGUUGAGUUGUCUGAUGAAGAAUUAGCGAAUCUCCCGGUUAAGGAAUUGAACAAUGUUCUCCGUGGUAUGCCAGAAGAUGAUGUGUACAAGCUCAAACAACGGAGACGGACACUAAAAAAUCGUGGCUACGCUCAGAAUAGCAGAACAAAACGCGUACGGCAAAGAGAGGAUCUAGAGGGUGAAAGACAACAACUGAAGAGUGAAUUAGACUCAAUUUGCAAAGAGAAUGAAGACCUGAAACGAGAGAGAGACGAGGCAAGGAGAAAGUACGAUUCGUUGCAAAAACUUUUGACCAACAGAACAAAACAAAUCGCACUACAGACUCAAACUGGAGAGUUGGAUGACCAGAUUGACGUUGUUGGAGUAGAAGAUGGGGAUGGCUCUGCAAAAACUAUGCAAACAAGACAUCGACAUUUCUCAGACAAAUUAGAGUCCCCAGACCGAGAACAAGAUGAUCAAGAUCGCAGUGAAGAAGGAAGCGAUCAAUCGCGAUGAUUCAAGAAUCUACAAGGUACGACUGGUUUGUUUACAAUCGUAUGGAACGCGUGGUCACAUGUCGCGAUGAUGCGCCUGUAAUUUUGGGCCUUUCCAGUGUUGUUGUGUCCAUUAAUUUAGCGUAAGAAUUUAGAAGGGAUAUUGCAGAGGACUAAAGGGAAAAAUAUUAGUAUUUUAGUAGUGAAAAUAUCUUAGUUUAUCUUCUGAUUGUGAUACACAUUUUCACACAUCCGUGGUCACUGACCUGAAAACCAUUCAACUCAGGCUUGCCGAUGUGUUUUACUACUAAAUUACUCUGGAAAAUUGUGACUUAAUUCUCUACUCAAUUCUUUCUUUUUGAAACAUUUUCAAUGUAAAUAUAUAUCUCUGUCUUUCGGAACUGGAGUAAUAGGUAUUUCGAAGUAAGAACUUAGGUAAAAUUACGGUUCGUUCAUUGAAUCAAUGAAAAUAUAUUGUCCUAGCGUCUAGUCAUCAUUACUCGUAACUUGAAGGUAGUCAAGACGAAAAUGUGACGUUUUAUCUUGAAGGUAAUCCAGUACGUUCCUUUGUGAAUGGAAUAUAGUAAGUCUAUAUUCCAAAAGAACGCUAAAAUAAAGAAUGUUAAAUUAUAAA